AAGCUGUAAAAAAGCGAAAUGGAGAAAGAAGAAGUUCAAGUCAUUCCUCUCCAUCACCGUAAAGAAUUGAUAGAAGAAUGUGCUCAGUUGUUGAAUACAUACUGGUCUCGAAGUCUCAAUGCUAGAAUUCAGUCAUUGGAGAUAUCAAGAGAUAGUUUACCCUGUAGUUUAAUAAUGGUCAGAAAUCAUGCUGGAAAAUCAGAGGUCAUAGGUCAUGCUAAAAUAAUGGAAGCCCAGGGUGUAGACAAGGCUUGUUAUAUUGAAAGUGUUUUUAUAAGAGAGGAUUUGAGAGGGAAAGGAUAUGGAAAGAAAAUUAUGCUGGAAGCUGAAAAAUAUUCUUCAGGGAAAGGUUUUAAACAGAUGUUUCUCAAUACCUUAGAUAAACAAGACUUUUACAGCCAUCUUGGAUAUAAACUAAGUCAUCCUGUUCUAACAUUAGGAGCUAAUGCUCAUAGAAUACCUCAAGCUAUGAUUGAUCAGCUAACCAAAACCAAUAUCAAGAAUUCCUGCUGUAAAUCUUCAACGAAAUUCGAUAAUCCAACCAAUACCUCUCAAAAUAUAACAUGUUCAACGCAAUGUUCUUCAACCAAAACUUGUCCAGAUGCAAGUGUUCCAUCCCCACCCGCAGCACCACAGGCACCUCCUGCCCCACCCCUACCAAAGAUUGAGAAAAAAUGUUCAGGGACUGCAAAUAAACAUGUAAUGAAUCAAUGCUGUGAUCCAACAAAAGUUACUUGGAUGAAAAAAGAUAUUUGAUGAUAAGAUUCAUUUGUAUCCUGCAUUCAAUGGGGUGGGGGGUGGGGAGAAUCUUUGUAGUGCCUUUAUAGCAUGAAAGUUUGGUUUAGAAAAAAAAUCAGGGAAAGAUUAUUAUCUCAAGAUUUUUUAAUAGAAUUUUUAAAUGUAAUAAUAAAAAAUUUGUCUACUCCCUAUGUAACUGCAGUGACUUCAUUGAUUAUGUAACAGCAAUGCCAGAGUUAUGUACAUCGAGUUUUUAUGUUUUAAGCAGAAAUGUAGUUUUAUAGCAUCUGCUAAUGCAUUUUACACGCUUAUAAAUUUUGUAGGUAGUCAAUAAAUCAUCAUUUAUUUUACCUUUGCUUUUUCCACCUUUUUCAUACAAUUGUUUUACCUCUAUGUUUUACAUUGUUUACUCUGUGAUUAAACCAUAAAUAAACAUGUUUUUUUUCUAUUGA